AUGUCUGCCAGCCGGGAAGAACUGAGCGCGGCCCUUCUGGAAGCGGCUACUGUUGGUUCGCUACGAGAUGCGACAGCCCUCCUCAAACGAGGAGCGCGAUGCACCAUACGGGACGAGAACCUCAUGACGCCAUUGCACUUAGCAGCAACUUGGGGACACUACGCUAUAGUGAAACUCCUACUAAGCUACAAAAACAAGGAUUGGUACGCUCAAGGGGGUAUCACAUCCAUCCAUCUUGCUGCGAGAUAUGGACAUAGCAAUGUGGUGAAGCUGUUGAUAUCGAAUGGUGGGCAUGACUGGAAAAACGACCGGGCUGACAGUCCAGCGACCUUGCAAAAGUUCAAAUUUCCACGAGUCAUCGCACACGGGAAGACAUUUUCCGCCCGAGAAUUAGCUGCAAUAUAUGGUCAUGAAAACGCAGUGAUUGCUUUCCCAUCGACUAAGAAAGACGACAUUCUACACGCUAUGUCGUCUGCGUGUGCAUUGGGGAACCAAAGCAUGGUUGAGACGAUAUGGCGGCAUCACAAGCAGAGAUCAUAUUUCAAGAGACAUUCAAACCCAACAAAGCUGGUCAGUACAUUCCGCGCACCGCCGCUUCACUUAGCCGUCACUUCGGGAAACCCUGCGCUUGUCGCCUAUCUCCUCGAACGUGGCUUUUCCGUCAACGAUCAAGGCACCGCCCAGAGCUCGCAGUGUAGCUCUCCAGCGCAUUAUGCCGCCAUGGCUGGCUCCGUAGAGAUUCUUUAUCUCUUAAAGAGUAGCGGUGGUGCAAUGACAGGUUUGGACUUCAGAAACCGGACACCACUAUCGUAUGCUGUUGAGCAUGAGCAUGUCCAGGCUGUUUCGUUCUUAGCGAAGCAGGCGCCUUUACAUCAAAGCGCCUCGAGCAAAGACGCUGUAGUUUUUCAUCUCGGCUCGGGUCAUAGCGAGCAUAUGAAAGGUUGGAAUGUCAUGAAUGGUGAAAUAAGGAACAUUCUUAAAAAGAUAGGGAUUUAA